AUGUUUACAGAAAUAGAAGCAAAGCAAUUCGCUGCAGAUUGGGUGGAGUCUUGGAAUUUGCAUGAUUUGGGAAGAGUAUUGAAUCAUUAUACAGAUGAUUUUCAGUUUACUUCGAUUUUGAUUAGUAGCAUUGCUGGUGAUCCAUCGGGUACACUCAAAGGUAAAGAUAAAAUAGCAGACUAUUGGCAGAAGGCAUUGAUUAAAUACCCACAACUUCACUUCAAACUAUUGUACACACUGGUCGGUGUUGACUCUAUCACAUUGGUGUAUACCUCUGUCAACGAUAGAAUUGCAUCAGAGUCAGAUACAAAAAUAACAAUUUCAAAGACUUUAUCUUAUAUGGGAUAUUAUAAUCAAUUUGAUAUUGGAGAUGAAUAG